GACUGUGGCCAGGGUAGGAAGAAGACGGGAGCAGUGUCAUGGAGGCAGGUCUGGCUGUCCGUCGACCUGCUCCCUUGCUCUACCUCUACCUGACAGCGCCAGUGUUUCCAUAGCCGCGUUCACCGAUGGAUCGUCCCGCGAUCCUCUCGUGAGUUCGCUAGGCUCGAACGCGCUCGGACGGUACUCGCGUACGGACAAGACUUUUUCGGCCUCGACAGCGUGGUGAGCCGGAGCGAGGGGCGAGAGGAAGACGGUCCGCGAGUAAAACGUUAAAAAUAAAUGAACGAAACGUGAUAGAAAAUUAUCGAGUGAAAUUGAAUAAAAAGAGAGCAGGAGAGGCGAGGAAAACGCGACUCGAGUAAAACGUUGAAGAGAGGGGAAGAGAAAGAGAGGAGAGCAUAUACGUAUAGGUACCGAGAGAGGGAAGUGACACGUUGCGAUACGAUCGAUUCAACGGGUACAGAAGUUGUAUCGCGCGUACGUUCUUCAAGCACGUUUUUUUUUCGAAAAACCGAUCGGGUACGAUGCGCUCGUGACAGAGAAGACAGAGGCUGGGCUCGAAUUCGACGAGGUAUCGCGGAGUCGUUUUCGGGGCGAUCGGCUCGAGAAGAUCGCCGAGCGAAAGAUAGAGCCGGGAUCGAGAGAGGAGGAAACGGAUACAACGUGGGCGUUGAGUGAUUGUUGUCGGUGCUAGUUUCCAUUGGGAGUCAUGAGAGAUACUAGCGAUAUGAUGGAGGACGGCUUGUGCGAGGACUCGAUGGAGUGCGAGGGUGACGGGAGAGGAGGUGGAUUAGAGCUCGUCGAUACAGCGACCGAGGACUCGUCCCCGACGAUUCGAGAUGCCGCGGAGAGACUGCUGACGUUGCUGGGCGUGGAAGACGACGAGGACUUCGGAUCUUCCUCUGAGGACGAGGAUGAGGGCGUCGAACUGGAUGAACUCGAGGACGACUUCGAAGAGGAACAGGAAAACGCUAGACUGCUCCAUCAACUCGCUGCUUCUUUAGCCAAGGAACUGAAACAAUCCUGUCAAAAACCUCGGCGACCCCUGUCCAAAGAGUGGGACAGGAAUCAGGUGAAGACGAACUGUUUGGAAGUGCAUAGCCGCCUUCAGGAUCAGAGCUCGUUCAAGGAAAUUCAUUAUCGUGAUAACAAAUCUUCGACGAGGGAACCGGAGACGCAGGAGUCGAUCCAGAUUUACCAAUGCAGAGACACGGAUCGUUUAAGGAUGGACCAGAAUCUUGAAGAAAGGGUUCCACCGUCGUCGUCAUGGAACGCCGGCUGGGACGCCUGCGCCACGGAAGCCCUCAGAUACCUCGUCGAGGACGAAGGACUGCCGCCUCAUCAUCCCACCAUCCUGGCCAUGAAGGACCAUCUGGAUCUGCAGAGAGAACGAUCCUUCGUACGGUACACCGCGUAAACCAUGAGAUUCUAAUCGGUAGACUGCGGGUUUCCAUGCGAAAUAAAACAUUCAGGAAAUUAAAUGUAAAUUGGAAUUUCCAUUAUCUUAAUUGUGCAUCUCACUUUCAAUGUUCCGUACGUUUUCGAAUAAAUUUUUUAUAUCUUCUAUGAAUGCAUAAAAUCCGCAGUCUAUUAACCAGUGGAAGCUCAUUAUAAGUAAGUAUUUUUCUUAAGGAUUGGCUUUUACGUAGAUAAAUCCUUGAGAGGAUUGAAUUUUCGGAAACCUACUCGCUUUCCUAUUUUCGUUUUUCAAUUCACGCCUGAGUUUUUGCGAACAAACUCGUAUUCCAUUUUCUACCUAAGCAACGUAUUACAAUUUUCAAUCCUCGAAGAGAUAGUUAACGGAUUCGUAGAUCCGUGGCUUUUCAGGUUCCUACAUAGGUACAUUGAUGAUUAGAUUGCGGAUUUUCAUGCAACAUCGUAAUAUCGAACUGGGAAUUUCUUUUGUGCAUUUCGCUAAUAAUGCAUGAAAUCCGCAGUCUGCCGAUGAUAAAAAUAAAAGGCAACUGGAGGAUGAACUUAACAUCCAAUGGCGCGUAACAGAUUCCAAGCUUCGCGUUCAAUUUAGUUUUUUUACUUCGAACCACUAUUUUAUUAUUUUUUUUUUUAGCACAAUUUUUUGUACUCCUUUUCGUUUAUCAUUUAUUACUACAGUAUCGUCGCUUUAUCAUAAUUUCUUUUUUAAUUAUUCAUUAUUUAUUGUACUCUUACCGCGUCUUAGGCUAAGGAAAAAUUCUCGCGCUUUCGAUCCAUUGGACGUUAGAUUCACUCCGCGGGAAACGAAUGUCAAUAAGAAAUGUCAAUAGUUCAUACGCUGGAUCGAUAUGAACGAGGGUAGAAAUUUCUUAAAUCAACGUCGUGUUCAUUAAAAAAGACGUAAACCUGUAGAUCUUUAUCGCGUUUCUGCACCGUUGUUCUCUGCUUACACCCUCUGACUUAAUACUGAUUCAUUAAAAGUAUCUAAGAACGGAAAGUACGUUCGAUGGUACGUACUCCAAAACGGAUUUAGAUCGUCGGAGGGUCGAAAAGCGAGUAAAAACUUACACUACUUUUAGGACGAACCUCGUAGAUUAUUUCGGAAUCGCUCGAACGUCGCAUCGCAUAAUCACCCGUUCUUGACCACUGCCAAGUGCCUCCUCAAAGAUCCUUGAACAACCGAAUCCUCGCAAGCUUGAUUCAUUUGAAAUCUAAUGAAUAUCCGUCACAGUCUAUGUCUAUGCGAUGCAACGUUCGAUCUCGUAUAUGAAAAUAAAGAUCCAGUGACCUCGGUGAUCCAUCGAGAAUCAUCAGUUUGAAUUUUUAAAAUCGUCCAGAUAGUUUUCAAUUAACCGAGUGGUCGACGUUAGAUCGAUGGAGUGGCCCAGGAUCAACGGAUUGACCCUCGAUCCUGGAUCACUCGCUCCAAGAGGAUCGGACAGAAUUUCUUUUGCGAAUCUCGCGAGACUUUCAUGAACCACGAGAUCGACUUCAUCGUCUGUACAUAUGUAUAAUAUAUCGUUUUAACUUAUACACGACUAUUGUUACUUUUACAAUAAAUCAUUGUAGAUAACAUUGACCAGUAAAAUAAACGAGCGCCGAGUUAAUUGA